CCUUACUGUACCAGGACUUUUGACUGUGUGUGUGUGUGUAGAACAUGUAAGCAUAGUGCAGGUACUUAGUACCACUGGAGUGUGUCAUAUACCUUUAUGACACAACACAGCCUCUACAAGGCACUGAAUGUAAUAGCAAACAUUGUACAAUAUCACUCCCUGGGAUUGUACAAUAUCACUCCCUGGGGCUAACCUGGUUGAAUAAACGGUCAUUGUUUUAUGUAAUAUCAAACAGUCUACAAUAGCAGUCCCUGAGUUAGCAUGGUUGGAGACACGGUCCGUGUUUGGAGGAUAUUAUUCUUUAAGAACACUAACAGUGGUGCUGACCACCUCAGCGAGGCUAAUCACCACAGACUGCAAUGGCAGCAGCAGCAUCCACGAGACCACAUGAUGCGAUGGCCUGUACGAGUGAGGUGAUACCGGCGGAGAGACAGAACACAGAGUACAAUACUUUAAGUGUCGAGGCUGCCGCUGGUCCCACCGUUGCCACCCAGCGCAGUAGCGACAUGGUGUGUGGUGUGUGUUUUGAGGCGGUGCUUGAAAAGGACAAUCCGAGGGAGCGCCGAUUCGGAAUUCUGCCCAACUGUAGCCACUGUUAUUGCCUGGAGUGUAUCCGCACGUGGAGAACGGUGAAAUGUCACGAUAUCAAAACCGUUAAAUUGUGCCCGGAGUGCCGAACUAGAUCGCACUUCUUCAUCCCGAGUGAUCACUGGAUCGAAGAUGAAGAGGACAAGCUGAAACUGAUACAGACGUACAAAGAUUUCCUUGCGAGUAAACCGUGUCGAUUUUAUGAUCGAGGUCCUGGUACUUGCCACUUCGGCUCAAAGUGCUUCUACAAACACCACUGGCAGGAGGGAGUCCAGGAUGGAGUCCAGGAUGGAGUCCAGGAUGGAGUCCAGGAUGGAGUCCAGGCCCACAGUUUCCAGCCCCAGACUAUACAUCCCAUGUGGACGAUGGUGUGGACCGAGAACGGUUACACCUGGCGAAUGUCAUCUGAGACAGAACAACAGGACACCGGGUACCAUUUUUACCUGAAUCAAAUGUUGCUCAUGUUGAUGGCUGAUGACAAUUGAACGUAUUCAGCCUAUUAAACGUCUGCUGCGUUAGAGCUAUAGCUAUUAUCCACAAAGCCACAACCUAGGGAUGGACUGUCCUUAUUGGUAAUAGGCAUUUAUGAUUUUGUUGUCAUAUACAUGCAAAGUUCUGUAUUCCAACAAUAAUAUCACCUUUGUCUCUUUUUAACACUAAUUGCUAUUUUUGUACACCUGGGAUGAUGUUUAUUGUGUUGAUGUGUCAUUAUUACAAAAAUAAAGU